AUGCCUAACAUCGUUAUCGACUUGACCGAACCUUCCAGCCACCGCGCUGACCUGAUCGAUUUGACGAAUGCUGCCAGCGAUGGCAGCGAAGCCGGCGAUUACCCUUUGAAGCGACCAUCUUCGCAACAAGUCACCCCGAGGACCGCGUUGAGGAGAAUACCGGUCAUGCAGCAACAACACCAACCACAGCAACAGCAGCUACUGCAUAACUCGCCCAAGGGAUCCGUUCAGUUACCGCUCUCGUCCAACUUCGCACCACGCUCGAAUCUUGUACACAUGUCGCCCUCCGCUACCACCAAGCAUGCCGCCGACAAGCUCCCGAUAGACCAGGUGAAAACCGCCUCACCAGCCCAGACGCGAACCCCACCGCAGCAGUUGACCGACCCCCUGCCCUUUUAG